UGCCUAGCUUGUAGCUUGACUUAACAAGCCGGUCAAGAAGCCGCAUCAUAACUGCGUUCUUGUUUGAAAGCUACGAAUAGAAAACGUCUAAAAAGUGCCAAAGUAAACGUAAGAAAAACCGACAAAUCUUCACUUCGAAUAAACAGGACAAUUCGACAUGGGCGACUACAGCAAAGGUACACGUGUAUUCGUCGGAAACCUAAGUGACAGCAUCAAGAAAGAAGAUCUAGAAUCUGAAUUUACAAAAUAUGGAAAAUUGAAUUCAGUUUGGGUAGCAUUUAACCCACCUGGUUUCGCAUUUAUUGAAUUUGUUAAUCAAGAUGAAGCAGAGAAAGCAUGCGAUAAUUUGAAUGGAACAGAAAUUAUGGGCUCCAAAUUACGAGUUGAAAUCGCCAGAGGCAGACGUGGUAAUCGGGGUGGUGGUGGUGGCCGGCGUGGUAGUCGCGGCGGCAGAGGAUUUUCACGUGGUGGUCCAGGUAGAAGUAGUUACGGUGAUCGUGGUGGUGGUUAUCGCGGUAGCCGUGGUGGUAGUGGUGGACGCGGUCGCGGUCGUUACGACGAUUAUGGUGGUCGCAGACAAAGUGGUGGCUAUGAUAGAGAACGAAGCCGUGAUGGUGGCCGCACCAGAGGUGGUGGUCGCGACAGUGGUGGUGGUUUUGGAGGUGGUGGCCGUGGCCGAAGUGGAUACAGUGAAGGUGGAUCCAGAUACAGAUCAAGGUCUCCAGUUGCUCGAGGAAGGUAUUAAUAAGAUCCAUAAGAAUUCUAUUUCUACCGAAAGUUUUUAUUUUUCUUAGUACGGUAAAAAUGUAAAUUUUAUUGUGAACAACUAUUUAAAACAAAAUAACGAUAUCGUAUCGAAUUCUUGUGGCACCUCAUUUGAUAAGAACUAAUAACUCGGUUUAGCAAUAAAAUUACUCCGAUCCCCCCUGUUAUAAAAAUUUAGUAUUAUGAAUAAUAUUGUGCCCUCCUGUUUGAAAUAGCUGGAGUCUUAUUUUAGAUCUUCAUAAAUAUUUGGCUCGAAUAUAAGACAAAAGGAAUAAUUCCUUUAGAAAUUUCGAACAAAACCUGUUGCAUUAUGUAUGAUGUAAUUUAUUAAAUACUCUCUUCCGUGAAUUAAAGAAUUGUAUCCCCGUAUUAAUCGAACACAUAUUGAUUACAUUUUUAUUGCUACAUGAAUGCCUAUUUUUUAUAAAGCUAAUCAAUUCUCUCUUAUUAUUUUGACUGAUUACG